GAACGAGGAGGAGGAGUGGAAAUGUUUUGCUCCAUGAGUCCUUCAAGGUGAUCAGAUGAAAAGAAAAGACCUGAUGUGAGAGAAAUAAAAAGACAAGAGGGGAAAAAAGGAAUCUCUCUCUCUCUCUCUCUCUCUCUCUCUCUCUCUCUCUCUCUCUCUCUCUCAACAGCUUGCGCACACACGCAUGCCACACCACACACACGCUCACAGACACGCUGCACACACCUCCUCUGCGACGCCCGUGGAGCUGAAGCAAAACUGACAAGAGGAAGGAACGAAGGAGGAGUGAGAGACCGGCAAGGAGAAGGUAAAAGAAGAAGAGAAGACUGGUACAGACUCUAAAAGAAAAUAAAGAUCAAUUUUGGGAAAACAUCAGUCAGCAUGUGACAGAGUGAAUUACGAGGGAAGUGAAAGCAGAAGGAAACGCUAACAUGGGCACUUGUUCCUUUACUUUCGGAAUCACAGUUGUCCAAUUGAAUAGCUCCCUCCUGAGGCCCCCUGCUGACUGAUAACAAGCACAACUCUGUACAAGUCCUGGAGCUUCAUGAGUGUGUGCACAUAACCUCCACUGCACCUCUGUGUGUGUGUGUGCGGCACCAUGCUGUGGACAGUGCUACUAGCGCUUCUGGUGCUUCUGCUGCUGCAGACUCAGCUGUCUGUGUGCUUAAGGGAAUUACGCAGCGGGGGUUCCAGCUCCCCUGCCUCCUCCUCUUCAUCAUCCUCUUCCUCCUCCUCUUACAAUGCCACCCAGCAGCGGCUGCCCGGAGCUAUUAUUAUUGGCGUGCGGAAAGGUGGCACCAGAGCUCUGCUAGAGAUGCUCAACCUGCACCCAGAUGUGGAAGUGGCAAAGGCCGAGGUGCACUACUUCAACGUGGAGGAGCACUACCGCCGAGGCCUGGCCUGGUACCGAGCCCAGAUGCCCUUCACCCUCCCUGGUCAGCUGACAGUGGAGAAGACCCCCGGCUACUUUGCGGCCCCUCAGGUUCCUGCACGUGUCUGGGACAUGAACCCUGCCGUCCGCCUGUUACUCAUCGUUCGGGACCCGGCUGAGAGGCUGGUCUCAGAUUACACUCAGGUCCUCCACAACCGCCUGACCCGCCACAAGCCCUACCAGCCGCUGGAGGAGCUCCUGCUCCACAAGGGCCACAUUGACCCUGGGUACAAGGCGCUGCAGAGGAGCCUGUACCACCAGCAUCUGGCCCGCUGGCUGCAGGUCUUCCCCAGGGAGCAAAUCCACGUGGUGGACGGCGACGCACUAAUUCGGGAUCCCUUCCCUGAGCUGAGAAAGACUGAGAGGUUUCUGGACCUGCCACCCAGGAUAAGCCCUAACAACUUCUACUACAACACCACCAAGGGCUUCUACUGCCUCCUGUCUGCCGGACAUGACAAGUGCCUGGAUGAGUCUAAAGGCAGGCCGCAUGCACCGCUGGGCACCCAGGCCUUUAAGAAGCUUUGUCGCUACUUCAGGAAGCCCAACAAGUUGUUCUUUGAAAUGGUGGGGAGGUCAUUUUCCUGGUGCUGAUCCAGUGAUGAAUAGCAACUGUGGAGGUAAAACACCUCCUGAACAAUGUUAACACAUUCAGGGACACAGAGGGAGAAAGAAAACUGUUGUUUGUGUGUUUUUGUAGGUAGAUGAGUGCGAAAGAUGUAAGUUCAGUUAAAGUCAUAAACAUCUCUUGUUGUUGAUACCUACUCAGGUAUAGAUGUGGCCAACAAGAGCAGCACAUAUGUGUGUGAGGAUAUGUGGAGAAUUCAAACUGCUUGUGUUGAACAUGUGGCCAACACAAACCUUUACCAUGACCAUACUGGUGCCUCCUUGGAUAAACUCACUUGAUGAUGUUAUGACAACCGUGCCAUACACAAGUUUGAAACUGAAAACACAACUAACUGCUCGUUAGUGCUUAUUUUUUGGAUGUUAAAAGAACAUGUGCAGACUUUGAAGUGAUGUAGAAAUAGACAAGUGGUGAAAAGAUGGUUGAAUUAAUUCAUUGCUGCACUAUGAACUGUAAUUAUAUAAAAAGUCAAUCGAGGUUCAAUGUAGAUAAUUUCAAACAGAAACCAAUUUUUCUCAACAGUUGUAACAUGUUUGUGUGUUAGUAAAAAUGUUUUAGUUGAGUCGUCCUGUUCUUCAUUCUUUGUUAUUUUAAUGUUCAGUGAAAAUAUCUUUUUUUUAAAGCUCUUUUGAAAGUAGCCACAUUGAAAACUUGUUGUUUGGUUCUCUUUACUUUGAAGGCCAAUGUAGUAUUAUUGCUAGUUUGUGUUUUUUUUUAAGACGUCCUUCUAAUAAAUGUGUUCAGUCCUACAGUC